AUGACACUAUAUACAAUCAGCGCUCGACAUAAUCAAAUUUCAAUACAGCCUGGCUCAUGGCGGAAGACAUGGAAUAGAGAGGAAACCCGAAAAUGUGGUGUUAUUGGGAUAACAGAGCUUCGAAAACUAGAUCUAGAAGGCGAAGUCAAUCCAAUAUUUUCGAAUUGGGUCGAUACAAACCCAGAGCUUCGUAGGGAGUUAGAACAGCCGUUACUACUUGCGAGUCGGAUCCUAGAAAACGCGGGGCUGCCAUGGAUAUCCGAUUUCCUUGCCCACGAUGUCUUCACAAAGAAUUACCCCGGACGGAAACCUAGUUGCCGAUGUAGCUUCACGCAUUCUACCGCGGGUUCGGGAAAUAGCAACGAGAUAGUUCCACAGACCAUUGUCAGGCAUCACCGUGCCGCGUGGGCUUCGUCGGAGCUCAAGGACGAAUGGAUACAUACCUCGGAAAACCAACUUAGGGGCGAGAUGGCGAAAGCGAUAACGUGGCAGCUAGAUCAGGAUAUGUUCCGUGAGCGGGGUUGGGUAGGAUAUACAUGUCGACAUCCGCGAAACGGGUUACCGCUUGAUGAGCUAGAUCAGUAUGAGACUAUACAGUCAUGGGAUAGGAGGUGUGGAGAUAACAAAGAUCGGGAGUUGGCAGUCCUGCUGGCGGCCGAGUUCCCCACGAAAUUAAUGGAACUGAGGCGGCAAGGGAAGCAACAUGGCGAGGAAUAUCUCUUGACGGCAUUUAUGGCUGCUGUGACUAUUUUGCAUGAACUUGGCCACGCAGUGUACUGGAAAGAUCGUCGCGCCCUUACGGAAGACCUACGGGAGCCCUUCUACGGCGCCGAUCUGCAAAUGGAGCUUGGUGAUAGUUUCAUAGCAUCCAUUUUUGGUGGUUGGACACCAGUGCCGAUAAAAAGCCUCGCUCAGCGGAAGGAAUUAAAUUUCUCGGAAGGUAUUGCAUGGAAGCAGUCGCUUAGUUGGGACCACCAUAGAUUCCGUCCUAAGCAUCGCUCUCAUUACUCGAUACCUGUUGACUAUGUGGCUCGUCUGUUCACCGAAAAGUGCUGGGAAGAAGCCAAAGACGAUCAUCUACGCGGAAUCAUCCAGCCCCGAACGCUGGAAGAAAUCGUCAAGAACGUCGGCCUAGAUGUACAAGUUACCGUAAAUAGAGAGCACGCGACAGCCGCCAUACCGGAUUUCCACUGCACUGGCCAAGGUUGGACGUGGAACCGUUCGCCUGGAGCACGGUUCCGUAUACCGCAAUAUGAUGGCUACCUCUGUCCCGACUUAGACCUACCGAUCGCUACUGACGACGUAAUAGAAGAGCCAAAGCCCCGACCUCCGCUCCAGCCCUCCCCCAUUAUAACUUCAGCAACUAUGAAUACGGCGCUACUUACGCCACCAUUAUCACCCGCAACAACACCAAUACCGCGAACAUUCAGCAGCGAAAUUUUAGACUCACUCAGAUCGCCUCAGACCCCAGAAACAAGACCAGAGAUGUUUCCCCUCCCGCCGCGGCGACAUUGUUUUGGGGAUUUCAAACCGAAAAGAAUAAUAGUUCCAAGAUAUGAAUAUGACGAGAAGGAAAAAGAAAAGAGAAAGCAGUCAACGCCCAGAUACGUCAAGCUAGCCAAAGAAGAGCAGAUGCCACUAAGCCCAAGCCGCUCUGAGAUCUCUCUGAAUGAGCUAAGGUUUCGAUUAUCACAACUCUUGGGAGUCUCGAUGAAUGAAAUGGAGAGGUACUUCGAGGCUUCUCGUUGUGCGUAAGUUUGAGUAGAUAUUAGAUUUGUGAUAAAAGGGAAUGGAGAGGUAAUUGCGGAGUUUGGGGGUAAUACCACAGGUGGUGUUUGUUUUUCGGCGUUGGGUUAGAUGAAGGGUUGUAAGACUAGCCCCUAGAGCCCUAAAGAUAAAGAUUAAAAUUGCAUAUAUCUUAUGUUAAUGUUUGAAUGAAAGAAUAGAGUGUUAGCGUAGCUUGAAUCUGGUGAUAUGGCCACGCAGAACAAUUAGAUAUGGGUAGAAUGUCAGCGUACGAAAGUGUAUCUCUUCCAAUUGAUGAUACGCUGCCCACCCGUAUGUUACGCUCUCCAUACAGCCCUAGGGUGUACAUGUCUCGGGUAGUAGCGACAGCGAUAAAAGGUUGCAACGCAGAUUCGCCACGGCGGGUGAUAUAUGUCCCUGGACCCUAGGUGCGGACAUAGGGACCUAAUUGCGUGCUUUAUCCCGCUGUAACGCGCGC